AUGGCACACUGGGGCAAAGACGGAAUCCGCACCAAAAUAAUUUUAAGAAAUAAACCACUACAGCAAAUAUCGGACUUCAACAUCUUGGGAUGCCACAUAACCUAUGAUAAAGAUAAUGACUACAUGAAAAAAAUAAAUAAAUUCCGGUCAGUGUGUGGAACUAUCGCAAAAACUUUUAAAAACAAAGCCCGGCUAGAAACGCAAGUAAGACUAUAUAAUACACUAGCGGUACCGACUACCACAAAAGUUAAAGAACAAAGACUCAGAACAACGGAGAUGACGGUCUUACGAAAAAUUAAAGGAAUAAGUAGAGAAGAUAGAAUGAGAAAUGACACAAUAAGAAAUGAACUAAAAAUACAACCAUUAGAAGAAAAAGUGAGAGUAUAUAAAAACAAAUGGAAGGAACAUGUAGAAAGAAUGUCAGAUGAUAGAAUUCCACAAUACGAGAUCAACCUCCAGGAAGGGGAAGUAUUGGACGACCAAUAG